GAGUAUGGGUAUUACUUAUACCUUGCCGUACAAUGUCUUCAAUCAUUGGGCUGCCACACCCCUACAUGCAUCAAAUCCGCCGCCACCUGGCCUUCGAGCACGAUCCAACUAUGCUUCCUCACAUUAGUCCGAAACCACCCCAUGCGCCUCCGACUUCUCGGCGUGAGAUCGCCUGCGUGCCAGCAGUUUAGGAGUGACUCACUGUUGACAAAUCUUAGACGACGAGGCGACACACUCGAUUUGCCGGGCGAAGGCGUAGCAGACAUAGCCGUGGCAUGGGCCAUGGGCGUGCGUAAACGACUCACCGAUUACAAGCGACCCUCCCAUCUCAAACCAACCCCGCUACGUGCGUCCUCCAUCGUCCUCUCGAAUAGUAAGAAAUAGCAGAAAUAGCAGCCAAGGAAACCUCGGCACGGCGAAUCUCGUGCUGCGCACAAAUUGGGCCUGGACGAGGGGCAGAGGGGUGAAGCAUAGGGAGAGGUAGAAGGCGAGCGUUGGUGAAGAUAUAGCACAGCAGGCAAUAGGUGAGUCCGGGACCUCGGCUAAU